UAAUAUCACAAGCAAGGCCAGGCUGAAGCGAAAUCCCCAAUUUCCCUGGAUAUUGCCCAUCUUUCAACCGACUUCUAAUCAAAUCUCGACUGCGAACUCGUGAUAACUUCAGACUGAAACUAAAUCAUACCAACGACAAGUGCGAUCAGGAUGUCAGCCCCUGGAGAAACGAACAAGGCCACCGCCGAGAGUGGACCUGAGUCGCCUACUACUGCGCGACCCCUUGAUCUUGACGACGAUGAUGUUCAGGAAUCUGGCGUUCUCGAUAGCAACACUACACCCGCUGCUGCGACCAACACCACUACCACCCAGACUCAGGCUCAGGCUCAGGCACCAUCACCCACGAACGAGACAGCGCCUCCUAAGCCUCCCCGACCUGUUUCCGAAGCGCAAAAGAAUGAGACUAUACUCAAGGAAGCAUUCCCUAGCGUAGAGCUGAGUGUCAUCAAGGCUGUAUUGAGAGCUAGCGGUGGUCGCGUUGAGCCAGCGUUCCAUGCUUUGCUGGAGAUGACCGAUCCUGAUGCUGCGCAAAACGAACCCGCCGACGAAGUCCCCCCGCCUCAACCCCCUAGGCCUCAGAACCGAUCCCAGAUGUCGCAAUUGGAGGCAGACGAGCUAUAUGCACGCCAGCUUGCAGAACACUACGAUAAUGUUGGUGCCUACGAGUCGCGCACUGCCAACCGAGGUCAAAGACAGGGUCAGCGAGGUCAGGAUGAAUGGGGUGACGACCGUGAGCACAGCUUCAUUGACGAUGACCUCCCUGUUAUUCGCGAAAACCUACGCAAGGGAUUCUUCGAGACACAGGAAAAGGUCAACGGAUGGAUUACAAACAUCAAGAAGAAGAUCGAGGAGAACUUUGAUGAGAGUGAAGAGCAGACGCAACGACAAGGAGAGCCCUUCCGUCGUCCCGGAGAGUCCAGCAGGCGAAGCGGUGAUUAUGACCGAUAUGAUGCGGAUCCUCAAGUCCUCAGCGAUGAUUUCGCUGGCAUGAAGUUUUCUUCUGAUGGAACGCCUGUGAGCCGACCCAUGGCCAAUACUGGCAUGUAUAAGCCCCCUCCCCCAUCAGCUUCACCCAAGCCCAGCAACGGCCGACGAGUUGGUUUCAAGGAGGAGACUGAAGAAAUCAAUAUGUACGACUCUUCACCUAGAGUGCCACCCAAGGAUGCAGCUCCCGCGAGUGGCACAAGGGGAAGCAAGUGGCAGCCCAUGUCGGCGGUUGAGCCAAGCCCUAUCGCAGAGAACGACCCCUUUAGUCUCGGAGACAGUGAAGAUGAGAGGGAAACACAUCAGAAGAUCAAGGACGAUAAGACUGAUGACAGUGAGCGCUUGAAGAAGGCUACUGCUGAGGCCAUGGCUGAUAACCUGAGCGAGUCUAAAGACACGGAGGCAAAGAAGAACUAGAUGGUAGCAGAUUGACAUAGACCAGUCGUACAGUCUGAUCUUGGAAGAGGAUGGAAGUCAUGAAGACGUAGUUGAGAGUCAUGAGAGCAGCAUAGUCGAAGAUUUUGGUGCCACUCUCGCUGUCAUAGCAAACAUGGGUGGUCUGUUUCUGGUUAUAGCUCCGUAUCGUAUUUCACGACGGUUCAGAAGGUAGCAUAUAGUAGCCUUUCUUUUCCUGGUUUUUGCACACUCUGCUGUCCUUCCA